AUGGACAACGAUUGCGGUUGCUCUUCCCGCACAAGAGGGGUCAGCAAAACACCAAUCUUCACUGGCGACUGCGAUAUAUCCUGCGAUGCUAUGCUAUCAGCAUUAUCAUGCAAAAAGUGCACCCAAGCCAACAAAGCAGACUUUAGUUCUUCACCUAAGCAGUCAUCAACUACUUCGGAGACUUCAUACUUUCGGUCCAAGGAACCAAAUCAUUACUAUAAUGAAUUAGACUCAACACCAUUGCCAUUAUCAUAUUAUAAGUCACCUUAUUCGUAUAAGAAACACAAAUUAUUGGCCGGAGCUGUACCUAUUCCUCAUAGAACAUCAAGUCUAGCUUUUGGCUCAGCAUCCAAAAAUCCGGGAAAGAUGUAUUUAGUUCAACAGUCGCUGCAUUCCUCACCUGAAACUUCUGACUAUUCCGGAUCUUCCUCCAAUCUGAAUUUUGGUGGCAAGCAUCUCGAACAGGUGCAGAAAGUAUUAGAAGACAUUCGAACAUGGCACAAGGAAGUUUCCAUAUCAAUUUCGAGAUCACAUCUUGUAAGGACGAAAUAUUGCCACCAAAAUGAUUUCAACAACAUUUCAUCACAAGUCCCUCAUAAGCAAAAAAGCCGCUGUCUUGGUAGUGCAUCUAUGGAUUCCCAACAACAAAAAUAUUCUUGGGCUCAAGCUUUUGAGGGAGGUUACACAACUUCUCGGAGGUAUACUUCUAGAUCACUUUCUCCUGGAUCUAACAUUUAUCCUAUCUGGAAGAUUGAUCCCGUUCCGUCCAGCAUCUAUAAAGCAAAAGCGAUGCCCAACACCGGGAUCAGGCGAAGUUCUCGACCAACACCUAGCCCAAGAACAUCCAGCCUUGGUGCCACCAUCUGCCCAAGACGACGAAAUGCUGUUCGAGGUCGAAUUCUUCCAAAACCAGUGUCUGUUGUCUGCUCGACUGUGGAACAGCAUUCAUGCCAAGCACAGUACACGGGGAGCUCGCUCGACUUUCCAGCUCGGGAGGAUCAUUUUGUGCACCACUUUGAUGGCGAAAGUGCUUUGGCCAGCAACGGAGAGAAUACCAAAAUUGAUACUAUCCACUCCCUAGCGACUUCUCUUGCACAGCCGAAUUUAUCAAUCAAUUUACAAGACCAGUCACGGGAAGAUCAAGGCUGCGAAACCCACGAAAACGGACUUCCCCAUAGUGGUACUGUUAUCAGGCUUUCCGCAAGACAUUCAAGUCUGCAAGCUAGCGAGUCCAUAUUUACAACGCUGUCUUCACAGGAAAUUGAAGACGAAGAAAAGGCCAAACGUCACAUCGCAUUUGUGCAUUCAGCACUGCGAAAUUUAGUACCUUUUGAAGUCUCAUACUAUCUCUACAGAGUUUCACAAUCGCGGGGAACUUCUGAUGAUUCUAGAAAGACUUUCUUACACGAGUACUCGGACAUGAUACCUCCAUCUAUCGAGUCCAAUUCUAUACCCCAAUCUCCUGAGACGCUUGAGCAUGAUAGGUGCUCAACCGUCCAAAAGAUAGUAUCCGAGAUUCUCCCAGCUAGCUCUGGUCUAGCCUUUGGCAAGGAUGCUCGCGAUCUUUUAAUUGAAUGCUGUGUCGAGUUCAUCACUCUCAUCUCAUCCGAAGCAAACGAAAUUUCCGAAAAGGAAAGCAAGAAAACUAUUGCUUGUGAACAUAUUACGAAAGCCUUGGAGCAGUUGGGCUUCGGCGAGUAUGUUAAAGAUAUCGUGGAGGUGGCCAGUGAGCAUAAGGAACAGUUGAAGGGAAGGGAGAAGAAAGCAAACAAGCUCGAACAAUCGGGCCUCACCCCAGAACAAUUAUUGGCAAUGCAGGAAGAGGCAUUUAGAGAUGCCGCACAGCGUCAUGGUUGA